GUGAAAAAGAAAGAGUGCAAAAGAAAAGAGAAAGAAAGAAGACAAAGAAGAAGUAAAAGCAUAUAAAACGAUUGCGUUUUGAUACAGAAGGUAGCGAAGAAACCCACCGUAAGCGAAAAGCAAUAGAAUUCAGAAACGAAGACUCUCUUCUCUUCUCUGUUUGGAUUGAUUUGAUCAUUCCGAUCUUCAAUCUCUUCGUAUUGAUUGGGUCCUCGUUUCUCUCUUCCGAUCGAUCCAAUUCUCUUCACAUGGCUACGAUCGGGCACAACAAUCUCAAUGCUAAAUUGGUUCUCCUCGGGGAUAUGGGUGCUGGAAAAUCCAGCCUUGUUUUGCGCUUUGUCAAGGGUCAAUUUCUCGAAUUUCAGGAAUCAACAAUAGGGGCGGCAUUCUUUUCGCAGACUUUGGCAGUAAACGAUGCAACUGUUAAAUUUGAGAUUUGGGACACAGCGGGGCAAGAGAGGUACCAUAGCUUGGCUCCCAUGUAUUACAGAGGCGCUGCUGCUGCUAUCAUUGUCUACGACAUCACUAGCUCAGAUUCGUUUACACGAGCUAAGAAGUGGGUCCAAGAGCUUCAAAAGCAAGGGAACCCUAACAUGGUCAUGGCUUUCGCUGGUAACAAAUCUGACUUGGAAGAUAAGAGAAAAGUGACUGCUGAUGAGGCACGUGUUUAUGCUGAAGAAAAUGGUCUGUUUUUCAUGGAGACCUCUGCCAAAACUGCAGCCAAUGUUAAUGAUGUAUUUUAUGAAAUAGCCAAGAGGUUACCAAGGGCUCAGCCAGCUCAAAACCCAGCAGGGAUGGUUCUUGUUGAUAGACCCGCCGAAGAGCUAGGGCUUCAUCAUGUUGUUCAUAAAGUAUUUGAGCUGUAUUUACUCCCCUGAAACAUUAAUCUUGUUUUAUGUGGUUGUUAUGUGCUGCACACUUUGCUGUCACUGUUAUGUGGAGCUCCAUCUAGUGUAUGUGCUUCGUUGGUAAUGAAUGCAAUUUACAAACAGAACUUGAUGGUUCAAAAUAUAUACCUUGGAUGUGUACUA